AUGGAGGAAAUUUUAUCUUUGAUCUUCCAUGGUUGCAAUUUAACUAGAGAUUUGGAAUCAAAACUUCCAACCUUGUCAAACAAUCCCAAUUCACUUGCUAGUUCUUGCGAAGAAAUCGUGAGGGUUUUUAGUAGAGUUUCUGAUUUAUUGAAAGCUCAACAAGUAGUGCCUUCACCUCCACCACCAUCACAACCACAGAUUGAAGCUGGAGGAGUUCAGGAAUGGUUGGCUUCUAAUCAAGCACAGGCCAUGGCCAUGGCUAUGUUGGCCUUGGAACCUUUUCAGGCUCAACUCUUCUCAGAUAAGAACCCAUUUGAUGUCAGGGUAUUGACCACAAGAGAUGCAGAGGGUUCUUCUUCUUCUGCAAAGUUGAGAGCUGGAGGAGAUUUGCUGCAAGCAGGGGAGGGGUCUGAUGCAGGGAAGAGCCAUGUGACAACACAACGGUCACGAAAGAGGAAGGAUGGUGAAGAGAAGCAUACGAUCAAGGCAGCAGCUCCUCGUACAGGGAAUACAGAGAUUCCACCGGACGAUGGGUUUACUUGGAGAAAGUAUGGUCAGAAAGAGAUCCUCGGGUCAAGGUUCCCUAGGAGCUACUACAGAUGCACCCACAAGAGCUUCUACGGUUGCAAUGCAAGGAAGCAAGUCCAGAGACUUGACGAUGAUCCAAACACCUUUGAAGUCACUUACUGUGGCCACCACACCUGUCUCAUGUCCUCAUCAUCUAUGCCGCCGCCGCCGCCGCCGGCUGCUACUACCACCACCACUGGGCCGGAGCCACCGGAAUUGGAAGCAACACAACACCCACUUCCCUCUUCCUUUCCUCUAAGAAGAUGGCGUUCGAUGGAAAUAGAAACAGACACCCCAACUGACCUGGGUUUGGGAAUUUCCAGCGGCAGCUUCAACGUGGCCGCCGGCGGUGCAAGCCUCAGUACUACUGCAGCUGCCAGUCAAGCUCCGGGCCCUUCACAGUCACAGUCACAAGCACAUGAUGGUAAAGAAGUUGAGUGGCCAGUGGCAGAAUUGGCUGAUGCCAUGUUUAAUUCUGGGAGUAGUAGCAGUGAAAUGGAUCUCUUCUUUGGUCCCAUGUGA